CUCGAGUGGUCACAUAGAAUUGGUUCCUGAAUCAUUUGACCAUUCUCGAUAUGAACCUUAUUAUAUUCCUCAUCAUCCUGUACACCGUCCAGAUGAUCCUGCUACUAAAAUUCGAGUUGUCUUCAACGCCUCUUGCUAAUGGCAAAUCCCUCAACGAUCUUCUGCUUACCGGCCCGAAGCUGCAAGCGGACAUUUCCACUCUUCUGCUUCGUUUUCGUCUACAUCAAUUUGUUUUUACUGCCGAUAUCAGACAGAUGUAUCGACAGAUCCUGAUAAGCCCUGAGCAAAGGGAUUAUCAACGCAUCGUCUGGCGUUUCUCCAAACGGGAACCCCUCCAAUAUUACCGUCUGAACACAGUCACCUAUGGAGUUUCCUCGGCUCCUUACCUAGCACUUAGAACCCUUCAUCAGCUAGCUUCGGACGACGGACUCAGAUUUCCUACGGCAAGGCAAGUCUUGCUGAAUGAGAUUUAUGUCGAUGACAUCUUGACCGGCUGUUCAUCCGAAUCUGAAGCUCUUGAAUUGCGAAAGCAGGUUCAAGACCUGCUCAUGGCGGGUGGUUUUGAGCUGCGUAAAUGGGCUACUAAUCAUCUUCCCCUGCUAGACGGUAUCUCAUCUGAUCAUCGUAGGGAAUCCUCCUCUAUUGACCCCCUUCUUCUUGACCGUGAACCAAGUCUCAAAAUUCUGGUACUUGGAUGGAAUCCUGCAUCUGAUCACUUCUUUUAUUCCGUCCGUUUAAACUCAACGACAGUCACCAAACGGAAUGUGCUGAGUUAGAUGGCUAGAAUCUUCGAUCCUUUGGGAUGGCUAACUCCAGUCACUUUCUAUGCCAAAAUCUUCUUUCGUCAGCUCUGUCUACUUCAUCUAGAAUGGGAUCAACCUCUCUCGAAUGAGAUUCAAAACCGGUGGUUGCAGUUUCAAUCUCAGCUUCCCACUUUGACAGAGCUUCACAUACCACGAUUCAUCCCUACCGUUUCUUCUUCUGCUCAUCGCUUCAUCGGCUUCUGUGAUGCCUCUGAAUCCGGCUAUGCUGCAGUUGUUUAUUUAAGCACUCCUACAUCGUCCGGUCGAUUC